AUGAGUCCUGUCAAAAUCGGUACAACGAAUCGUGGUAUAGGUCCAACAUAUUCCUCGAAAUGUUUCCGUAAUGGCAUACGAGUUGCGGACCUUUUGGGUGAUUUUGAAGCAUUUUCAGAGAGCUACUGCCGGCUUGUGGAUCAUUAUCGAAAACAGUUUCCAACGAUCGAUAUAGAUACGGAGGCAGAACUGGCACGAUUCAAGGAGCAUCGUGAGAAGCUGAUCUCAUUGAACUUGGUUGGCGACACUGUUGGAUUUAUUCAUAAUAUGCGGAACAAAGGCCGCUCAAUCUUGAUUGAAGGUGCCAACGGUGCUCUCUUGGAUAUUGAUUUC